AAAAGCUGUCAUGGCACAGGGGUGGUGACAGUGACAGUUGUGCUAUGCACACACCCCCCUGGGUGCCCUCCCCACUGAAGAAGCUCCAACGAUCUUGCAUAUUAAUUAUUAAUCAGCUUGGUUGAUCCGGGCACCUUCUGUUGAGUGGAGCACAGGCUGUAAUAGGUGGAUGUGAGGAGCUGGGCCGGCCCACUCUCCCCGGAGGAAGUCAGCUGCUCCAUCUUUUUUGAUGCUGUACUGUAAAUUUCCUUCACCUCGGAGAGUAAACAGAUACAUUGCAAGGCUGGAGUUCUGGAGACCCCCACCCUACGUGAGCCCGGGCUGCCCAUGAGCUUGGUCAAUAAAGGAAUGAGCCCCCAGCCUGCAGAACUGCUCAGAGGAAGGGCAAGGAGGCUUUAAGGGGGAGCCACAAAAACAUCCUAAUAUCAGAGAGAGGACUGGUCUCCAUCGCAGCCCUGUAAGCAUGCACAGCCUCUGACUGCUCCCCAUGAUGUCAUUGUGAAGAAGAAAAUGAGUUCCGAGGUGAACUGCUGAGCCAAAGGUGGACCCGUGGCGAGAAAAUUAACAGCUGUCACACAAAGCAAAGAUUAACCAGCAGAAACUGCAAGAUGAAUGUAGAAAAUGACGACAAAAGGGCGCGCACACGAUCCAAAAUCCGAGGUAUCCCAGUCGAGCUUAUCGGACAAGAAGUGAGCUGUCCCACCCCAGGCUGUAUUGGCUCAGGACACAUCAGUGGAAAGUAUGCAAGACAUAGAAGUUUACUGAACUGCCCCUUGGCCCGUAAACGCAAGGUGCAAGAUACAGAUACGGAACAGCCAGCAUCAAAGAGGAAGUCGCACCCUCUCAAACUGGCCUUAGACGAGGGCUACAAUAUGGAUAGUGAUGGUAGCGAAGACACAGAGUUGAAAGAUGAGGAGUCUGGCACUGAAGACUCUGAAGAAACCUUGGUGGAGACCGAAGAGGAAUCUGAGAACCCUGAUCUUAAAGAGUCUUCAAGCCCAGAGCCCAGAGAAGCUGAAAGCUCUCCUAAUAAAACAACCUAUGAAGAACUUCCAACAAGUGACGAGACUCCCACAAAAGCCACUUACAGCAGUUAUCAAGAAAUCAUUGCCAAUUCUCUUUUAAAUUUGGGCCAAAUAGCAAAAGAAACAUUGGUCUCAGAGGGACAUUUGCCAGAAAGUGAACUGGAGACUCCCAAACCAAGCUCUGGGGUUGUGCAAAUAGUCCAACCAGAAGUAGAGGAAGCAGCAGUGGAAGAGGUGUGUGACAAGGAGAUCAUCAUACAGACAGAAGAUGCUGAGGAAGUAAUUGAGGUCACCAGCGAGCCCAGUAGUGAGUCAUGUCUUGAACCCAGAGAUGACAUACACUGUGAGGAGGCUUGCAAGAAGAACAUGGAGGAUGAAGAUGAUGACGAAGAUGAUGAUGAUGAUGAUGAUGUUGAUGAGGAUGAUGAAGACGAUGAUGAUCUGGAUGAUGAUGAGGAAGCAGAAGAACACUCCUCUGAAAUGAUGAGGCACAAUGCCCCCCAUGCUUCUCAGGACUCCCCUAAAAUCCACUGUGAAGGACAAUUUAGCCCCAAACCUGAAUAUUCUGUCAUUGUGGAGGUCAGGUCAGAUGAUGAUAAAGAUGAUGAUAAUCAUUCUCAAAAAUCAGCUGUAACAGAUGAAUCUGAAAUGUAUGACAUGAUGACACGGGGCAACCUUGGGCUUUUAGAACAAGCGAUAGCUCUGAAGGCUGAACAGGUGAAAGUUGUUCGGGAACAAAGCAGGACGACAACAGACAACAUCAAAAAUUACCAAACUGAAGAGAAGCAAAAUCGGUCAAUAGACACAAUGAGAAAAAGCUUUUACGAUGCAGCAAGACCUGAAAAAAGAGAGAUCAAAUGUCCAACCCCUGGCUGUGAUGGUACCGGACAUGUAACUGGACUUUAUCCUCAUCACAGGAGCCUCUCAGGAUGCCCACACAAGGACAGGAUCCCUCCAGAGAUUCUGGCCAUGCACGAGAAUGUACUCAAGUGUCCAACCCCCGGCUGCACAGGACAGGGCCAUGUUAACAGCAAUAGGAACACACACAGGAGUUUAUCUGGAUGCCCCAUUGCUGCAGCUGAAAAAUUGGCCAGAUCCCACGAGAAACAGCAACAGCCUGGAGAUCUCACCAAAAAUAAUACAAACUCAGACAGGAUACUCAGGCCCAUGUGCUUCGUGAAGCAGCUGGAGAUUCCGCAGUAUGGCAGCUAUAGGCCCAACAUGGUUCCUGCAACGCCACGAGCCAACUUAGCCAAGGAGCUGGAGAAAUACUCCAAGGUUACAUUUGAUUAUGCAAGUUUUGAUGCUCAGGUUUUCGGCAAACGCUUGCUUGCCCCAAAGAUUCAGACAAGCGAAACCUCACCCAAAGCCUUUAAAUCUAAACCAUUUCCAAAGGCCUCAUCUCCUAAUCACAGCCCAUCCAGCAGUUAUGUUAAAAGCACUUCCUCUUCCUCCUCUGGUUUUGAUUACACCCAUGACGCAGAGGCUGCCCACAUGGCAGCAACGGCCAUCUUGAAUCUUUCCACGCGAUGCUGGGAGAUGCCGGAGAAUCUCAGUACAAAGCAGCAGGACCUGCCAAGUAAAUCUAUGGACAUUGAAGUAGAUGAAAAUGGCACUUUGGACUUGAGUAUGAACAAGCAUCGUAAAAGGGAGAACACGUUUCCUAGCAGCAGCAGUUGCAGCAGUAGUCCUAGCGUGAAGUCUCCAGACCAGUCCCAACGCCAAAACUGCACCAGUGCCACAAGUAGCACUAUGACCUCACCCCAGUCCAGCCAAACUUCUCGGCAAGAUGAUUGGGAUGGGCCUAUUGACUAUACCAAACCAAAUCGCCAACGUGAAGAGGAGCCUGAAGAAUCUGAACCUGCUGGAGCUUCGUUUGCUUCAUCAGAAGCUGACGACCAAGAGAUGCAAGAAGAGAACUUUGAAGACCGUAAAUACCCCGGAGACGUGACGCUCAGCAAUUUCAAACUGAAAUUUCUCUCCAAGGACAGCAAGAAAGAGCUGCUGACAUAUUUUGCUGCACAACGGGAUAUUCGGCCAAUACGUGAUGGGGGGUGCGCAAGUCCAAAAGGGGGCGAUGGAGGAAAAAAAGCAGGAACCCUCCUGAAUGACUGCCCAACGCCAGGAUGUGAUGGAAGCGGACACAUUACUGGAAAUUAUGCCUCUCACCGCAGUCUUUCUGGUUGCCCUCUUGCUGACAAGAGUCUCAGAAACCUCAUGGCUGCACACUCUGCUGAUCUCAAGUGCCCUACCCCAGGAUGCGAUGGCUCCGGACACAUUACAGGGAAUUAUGCGUCUCAUCGGAGCUUGUCAGGCUGUCCUCGUGCCAAGAAAAGCGGAAUGAAAGUUACACCCACUAAGGAUGACAAGGACGACCCGGAGCUAAUGAAGUGCCCAGUUCCAGGCUGCGAUGGACUUGGACACAUAAGUGGUAAAUACGCAUCUCACCGCAGUGCGUCCGGCUGUCCUCUGGCUGCUCGGAGACAAAAAGAAGGCACUUUGAAUGGAUCUGCAUUCUCCUGGAAAUCUCUGAAAAAUGAAGGUCCAACAUGCCCAACCCCAGGCUGUGAUGGAUCGGGUCAUGCCAACGGAAGCUUCUUAACUCACAGGAGUCUGUCAGGUUGUCCACGGGCCUCUUUUGCUGGUAAAAAGGGAAAACUCUCAGGGGAUGAGCUUCUUGGAACAAAAUUUAAGACCAGUGAUGUGUUAGAAAAUGAUGAGGAAAUCAAACAGCUCAAUAAGGAAAUCAAUGAGCUCACAGAAUCCAACUCAGAGAUGGAGGCAGACAUGGUGAACCUACAAUCUCAGAUAACAACAAUGGAGAAGAACCUAAAGAACAUUGAAGAGGAGAAUAAGGUCAUAGAAGAACAGAAUGAGGCUCUGUUUGUAGAACUCUCUGGGCUAAGCCAAGCACUCAUACGAAGUCUUACCAAUAUCCGCCUUCCACACAUGGAACCAAUCAGUGAACAGAAUUUUGAUGCCUAUGUGACUACCCUGACUGAUAUGUACAGUAACCAAGAGUGUUACCAAAACCCAGAGAACAAAGCUUUGCUAGAAAGUAUCAAACAGGCAGUCAAAGGUAUCCAGGUGUAAAGAAGGGGUAUGAGGACACUCCCAUCUAGUAUUCAGGUUCACAAGCCUUGUGCUCUGUGCAUUGAAUCACAAACUUUAUGGACCAAAAUGAAUUGAGUAAAUAUAGCCCAAAAAAUAGCUGGACAAAGACUGAACAUACAAAUGUAUAUGGAAGCCAGACAGGAAGUUUGGAUGCAUCCAAAAAUAAAGAGGUUUUACCUACCUGUAAUUGGCAGCAGAAAAUGACUGUGAAUUGACCCAAGUUGUCCAACUAUGCUCUGUAAAGACACAAAGGAAUCAAUUCUCUGCAGCAUAUCCCUGAGGUUUGUACAUGGACCAAACUAAACCAGAAGCCAAAAUGGAAGCUUUAUCUCUGCUGACUCUCUGUCUGGGCCAUUUCACUCCUUGUGUCUUUUAAAAAUCACCUGGCGGGGGAAGACAAAAGACAAGUAUUAUGAAAAGAGCCGUAACUAUUUUUAUUUUCUUCUUUUGUUUUUCACAAGAAACAUUCAAAGAGCAGUUCUUUAAUUCCAACAGAAGCGCAAAGGAUUAAAGGAUCUCAGGGAAAGCUUUUGGAGUUACCAACUGCAUAGUCCAAAUUUUUUUUUUUUUUUUGUGUCUUAACCCUAGUGUAAGCAGUUGAAGGUCAGAAACUUGCUGUAAAACGCGUAAAAAAUUUGCUAUGAAAGUGGUUGCUGACCACUCUGGCAGUAAAUGUGAGAUGGCCAGCUUGUGUCAUGUUACAGUGUCUAGAAUUUUUUGCAAUUGUGUUAUGUCUUCGUCCCUGGUGUGCUGCAGUGCAAGAAAUGUAAAGCAGAAAGAUUUAUACGCCCUUCAGGAAUGGUGGUGUGCCUUCUUGGGUUGGCAAUUGGCCGAUCCUAUCCAAAAUUUGGCAUGACCAUGAUUCGUGACCACCUUCAAUGUGAGGCUGUAUACUUUUAACUGCAAUUGACAUGCUGAAGUCUCACGUGCUGAAAUAUACAUUUAUUUUUGGGAACAUUUUUAUUGUGAACACAGGGAAUAUUUUAUGUAUUUAUUAAUUUAUCAAUUGAAAAAAAAAAAAAAACAAUACAGACUAUUUUUUAAAGUCCCAUAGUAGAGUUAUAAUCCAAGCAUAAAAAGCCCCAACACAAAAAAAAUAUACAAAGCAGAUAUAUUCAGGCACCCUACGUCAUGACAUAGAUCAAAGUUAUGACAUUAUGUUAUUAGUUAUGGUGGAUCAAAGUUCUGAACUGGACUCAAUCAUUUUUAACAUAGAAUUUUUUAAAUUUAUUUAUUAAUUAAUUUAUAUAUUUGUGCUUCAGAAAUCAAUAAACAAGACCACGAUAUAGGCAGAAAACGUACCUAUUUUCCCAGAUUGCACUAUCCCAAACCACAAAGUUUCAAAGUAUCAUUGUGGAAUAAUAAGUUCAAUGCUUUUGACCAUAUGUCUUACCCUUUUUUAUCAUUUCUGGAAUUUUUCUGAGUAAUCGGUUGCUUGACAUAAAGCACUAAAAGGGUUCGGAAUACUAUUCAAUUUCUCAUUGUGCACUUUAAGACCUUUGUGGAUUCCAAUAGCCUUUAAAAGAAAUCAACUUGUGCACUGAGGCUUUCCGUGGAAAUUCUGUACGUAAUUGAUUUUAGAGCAGAAUACUAGCAGGGAAUACUUUAAAUACAUAGCACUGGGUGCAUAGGACUUAAAUUCUAGAAAAACCCUUUCUGGAUUACAUGGUGUUAAAGAUUAGAUGUAUUGUGGAAAUUCAUACCACAGCCCUGCUUUUGUAAAUAAACCCUAUCCUGUUUGAGAAUGCAAACUAGUUUAGUACAUUACCUGUAGAACAGCUGCACUUCCACGGAAACACUAUAGAUAUAGGUUUAAUUAUUAUGUAAAUUAUUUAAUUUUGGCAAGUUCUGUUGUAAUUUAUUCAUUCAUUCAUGUUAACAUUUGAUAUUUAUUUAAAGUUUCUGUUAAUUUAUUAUUAUUAUUGUUUUUUCUUUUGUAACUGGACACCACAUGGUAAUAAGGGGAAAGAGCAAAAAAAAUAAAAAUAAAAAGGAAAAAAAAUAGAAAAAUGUGAAAAAUAAAAACUUUUGAAAAAUUAUAUUCCAUGGGAAAAUAAUAAGAAAUAAAAUCGCUAUCUACAGCUACUAGUUUUGAUGAAACUUAGUUAUUUUUUAUAUAUUUUGUUAUUUAUUCUUUUAAACAAUGGGAAUUUUUUAAAAAAUAUUUUAUAAACAGGAGUUUUGAUAUUUUUGUUUAUUUUAAUUUUAUUGGGCAAAGGGGUAAAAAAAAGAUUUUUUUUGUUUUGUUGUAAUUGCUUUUUUUAAUUUAUGUAACCCCUUUUGUGCUCGGGAAGACUUCAUCGAUUAGUUGCUUGCAGUCUUCUCUACCACAAAAGGCCACAAUAUUGCAGGCACUGAUGACAGUAUAUAAAAUGCUGUAUUUAUUUAUUAAGUAAAAAAAUAAGAAAAUGAACAUGUGAACUUGUUGUAUAUUUAUUUUGUCAUGUUUGUGAGUCUGUUAUGUGAUUGUUUAUGUGAAGAAAUUCCUGUUAAUAUUUAAAGUAAAAUAACAAAAAAUAAUAUUAAUAAUAAUAAGAAUAAUAAGAAUAAUAAAAGGUUGCAUUGAAGGCUGAUGCAGACUAGCUGUUGUUCUGUGAUAAUCUUUCAAAUACUGUGAAUCCGGCCUCAGGGAACUUUCAAAAACCAACCUGACUUCACUUCACAAAUAAAACUCACGUUCUACUUGUGGA